AUGGCAGUCCCUGUCCCCGAUUCGACGUUACCAUUCUGGCGGACCGAUCUCGAUGAAUUGGACACUCACCGCUCCACUGAGCAGCUUCCGACAGAAGCAGAUAUCGUCGUGAUUGGCGCGGGCUACGCUGGAGCUUCCAUAGUCCAUCACUUGCUCGAGAAAGCCAGGUCCAGUCCCAAGAAGCCCUCCAUCGCUAUUCUAGAAGCCAGAGAGGCUUGCUCCGGAGCCACGGGUCGAAACGGUUCGUGACGAUCCGCACGAGGAGGAAUUUCUCACUAAUUUGUGUCUGUGUGUAUCAUCAGGCGGACAUCUCAAACCGGAUCCCUUCUAUCGAGCGGCCGGGGCUCUGAAACGCUAUGGCAAGGAAGCCGCCGAGGAAGUUGCAGCAUUCGAAGUGCGCCAGGUCGAGGAAAUCAAAGCUCUGGUGGAAAAGGAGCAGAUCGACUGUGAUUUCGUCGUCACGAGAGCGACGGAUGUUUCGUUGUAUGAUGAUGUCCAUCGGGAGCUGAAGCGAGGUCUGGAUGAGUUGGGCGAGGCUGGGAUUUCCACCGCCAGCCAAGUCUUCUACAGUGGGGAGAAGACUGCGGAAGGGGUACGUACGUUUGUUGUCUGUGCUGUUGAAGAAGAAGCAAGCGGAGAGGUCUUAACUCUCAGAUCGUUGACGAUGGUAGGUUUCCGGAGUCAAAGGUGCCAAAGCCUGCUUCACGUACACUGCUGCCCAUGUGUGGCCGUAUAAGCUGGUCCUUCACCUGCUCAAGAAAGCCAUUUCCCAGGGCGUGAACCUUCAAACCCAGACUCCCGUGCAGUCGAUCACGAAAGGAGAGCAAACCCGAGCGAGACGCUGGACCGUCCACACGUCCCGGGGUUCCAUACACGCUUCUCACGUCAUCCACGCAACCAACGCAUAUGCUUCCGCUCUGCUACCGGAAUACAAAGACCGCAUCGUCCCGGUCCGCGGUAUCUGCAGCCGUAUCGUCACUCGACAAGCACACCCUCCGCUGCUCUCCAACAGCUACCUGCUCCGACUCGCACCGGGAGAGUACGACUAUCUGAUCCCAAGGACGGACGGAAGCAUCAUCGUAGGCGGUGCCCGAAGAGACUAUUUCAGAGAUCUGAGCCAGUGGUACGAUGUCUCCGACGACAGCAAGUUGAUUGAGCCGGCGAAGCACUAUUUCGACGGGUACAUGCAACGGCAUUUUCGGGGUUGGGAGGACAGCGGCGCGGAAACGGAUCAAGUGUGGACGGGCAGUAAGUCACAUGUGUCUUUCUUUCGCAUGGGACGGGGUUCGAAAGUACUGACGUUGGACAGUAAUGGGCUACUCCAGCGAUGGAUAUCCACAUGUCGGGCCUGUGCCUGGGAAAGACGGCCAAUUCAUCUGCGGUGGGUUCACUGGCCACGGGAUGCCACAGAUCUUCCUUUCGGCUAAGGCGAUAGCAUCGAUGGUCCUCGAUGGCAAGAGCGUCGAAGCGGUGGAUCUUCCCAGGCUGUACAGAACGAGCCGCGCCAGGCUUGAUUCGACGAGGAAUACCACGCUGGAGUCUUGGGAGGCAUUGCCACCGAGAGAGAUCGGAUCAAAAUUGUAG